AUUACUUGCCACUAUUCUUUUUCAGAUCUUCAACGUGAAAUGCGUAACGUUCACUCUGGAACAAAUAUUCAAAUAAAGCUAACUACUUUCCCAAUGAUCCCUCCUCCUUCCUUUCUCAUUAUCCGACAAAAAAAUUCCUCAACUCCGAAUCUAAAUCUCCUCGUCUGAUCUCUAAGCGCCGCCGUUUUAAUGACGACGAGCAUCCACAUAACGGCCCUAGACGCCCUCGUCAACGUUAACUCCCUCUUCACUCUCGCCGUUUUCGUCGGGCUGGCAUGGAACCCCAGGGACCCCUCCAGCACCCUCAUCACCGAUCUCACUUGCAGGCCUGGCCCAAACUUUGCCGAGAACAUGAUCUCCUUCCACGUGUACGCCUUCAGUUCCUUCUUGUUUUCUAGCAUCAUUGCGUUGAGUCUGAAGCAAGCCAUCCGACGUUUCAACCAGUCACAUUUUGAUUCGGAUUUCGAGGCUCAAGUCAACAAAGGUUUGCUUCGGGUCGGGAUGCUGGUUUCCGGUGUCGGGUCGGUUGCUGGGUGUAUUUGUUUGAUGAUCGCGUUGGUUAAUCUCGUUCAAAUCAAACUUGGGACGCUGUCGUGUGCGAAUGGAAGUGGGCAUGGUUUUGCCGCCAUUGUGCCGCUUGUGAUCUUGGUCCCUUGUGCGUUGUUGAUUUAUGUUUCUGUUGUUUUGUACGCUUUUCUACAGGCUAGUUAGUUUUUUGUUUUUUGGUCGUAUUAUUGUUCUUGUGUGCUGUGUAAUGGUUUAGUUAAGAACUAUGAAUUGACAGGAGAUUGCGUUCUUAUGGUUUAAUAAAAAUUCUUGACUUGAAAA